CAUUCCCGGUUCGGCUCCGGUGCACCUUCGGUUGUCCCCGUCCGGGGGAGCUUUGCCGCGUAAAAAGGAAGAACUGGAAAGAAACUAUGAAAGUAUUGGUUAUUGGCCUUGGAGGUGUAACAAACGGAGGGAAAUCAACACUAGCAGAAAAGCUUAAGAAUAUGCUUCCCAACUGUGAUAUAAUCUCUCAAGAUGACUUCUUUAAGCCAGAGUCUGAAGUAGAAACAGAUGAGCGUGGAUUUAAGCUAUAUGAUGUACUUGAUGCCCUCUAUAUGGAUGAAAUGGUGACAAGUAUUCGCAACUGGAUGAAAAACCCAGCAAGCUCAGGUGUUGUGACACAAGAGCCACAGAAUACAUGUGACAGACUGAAAAGUGUUUAUAUUUUGAUUGUUGAAGGCUUUCUCCUUUAUAAUUAUGAGCCACUUAAUGAACUAUGGAAUAGAAGAUACUUUUUGACCCUUCCUUAUGAAGAGUGUAAAAGGAGAAGGAGCACCAGAGUCUAUCAGCCACCAGAUACACCGGGGUACUUCGAUGGACACGUGUGGCCUAUGUAUCUGAAAUAUAAAAAUGAAUUGGAAGAGAAUGCAAGUAUGCAAAUUGAUUAUUUGGAUGGAACAAAAUCCCAAGAGGAGCUUUUAUGCUAUGUGUAUAGUGAUGUCAUCCGGGAAUUAAACAAGCUGAAGGAAGAAAAUCAGCAUGAUAACGUGGAAAGCCUGUGUCCCGUUUGAUAUGAAUUGAAAACAUCAAGACGUCACACAUGGCAAGCCAACCAACUGAGCAAAUGCUGUGUGUAUGACCUUAAUGCUACUUCAUACAACGUAAGAGUUUUUAUAGUAAUUAUGAACUCUGUCUUGGGUAUGGAGACAGAUACUCUGUUUAGGAGUAUGAACAGUGCAUUUAAAAGAAUUCCUUUAAUCAAUCCUGCUUUGGCUGAACUUKAAAUCCAAUUGAAUAUGUACAUUUUAAAGAUCAUGAAGAUUUUUGUGUACAAAACUAAACUAUAAAGAUGCAGUUCUGUUGGAUUAAUAAGCAUAUUUGAACAUGGAUGGAUGCAAUUUGAAAUAAUUAUUUAAAAAUGACAGUGAUUGCCUCUAAUAUUUUUAGGAGCUUAUUAUUACUGCUAGACAUGGUUCGAGAAACUAGCUGUGCAAGUUUAUGUAAGUUGUUCUGCUGCUUACUUAGUAACUGAUUGAAUAUGUYGUAGCUGAACUUACUUGGACUUCCUAAAUACCUCUCUGCUGUUUGCAUGGUAAUUCUUAUGUUGUGUAUUGUUUAGAGCAGCUGGAASUAGAUUCUAAAUAAAAUGAAGGCAAACUUGAAGAGUGCUCAGGUUGUUGGAAAAAGAUGGGGAAAUAAGAUGUAGACAAUUCAGAUGAMCCAUUAACAAGAUACAGAGUACACAUGUUGUGCAGAGAUUGAUUGGGAUGGCACAGACUACUAGAGAAUAAAUCCAUGCUUCAGGGAGGAGGAAAGAAGAAGUCAUUGUUAKUAAUAGUCAUAGCUCAAGUGAAAUGAAAAUGAAAUGUUGUGAAUGAAAAUGUUUAGAAAACAGGAAUGCUAAACAACAGUCAAAGCUUUGUUAUAGAAUUUAUGUAUAUAAAUUCACACAAGUAGGAGAUUGGGAAAUUGGAUCAUAUUUUGUUGCUGAGUAAGUAAUGUCUUACCACGUAUAUUUUCUAGACAAUAGGUUACAUUUUUGUCAGCCAGAGUAAGAAUAAAGCUAGACAUGGAAAUCAAAAGAUGAACUAUAACUUGUUAUGUGACAGCAGCUGGUCWGUGAUUUAAAUAAUUUAUUGUAAAAGUUCUAGAUCUAUAUAUUAGAAAAAGAUGUUAUCAGCUUACAGCUGUGUUUAGUUGUGUUUAAGACAAAGUGCUUCUAAAUAUAAUUUUGUAUUACUAUUUUGGACUAAAAAUACUUUAUGUUGCAUUUGC